UAAUGGAAAGUUCUAUUGUAUAUAUUGACGCUUUCUCAACAUCGUAUCUAUCUGACUCCGAUUCCUAGUUGCCUGCCGACUACAUACAUCCAUUGAUCCCUCCAUUUCCCAACUGUAUCUCUCACUCUCUCUUUCAAGUUUCAAGCUUUUUGUUUUUUGAUAAAGUGUCGAAGUGCAUCAACUUCUUCUCCUCUUUUUGGCACAACCAUGUCUCUCUUCCACCCGAACAAUCUUUGGUUUUCAGCUUCUUCCACUUCAGCUUCUCCGGUCCCUGGACCGAUUGUAGCAACAAAAGCCAAGACUCCAGCCUUGUGUUUUGAGGGGGCUAAACAAAGAAUUAAGAAAAUGUUCAAUGAGGUCGAACUUUCUGUUUCCUCAUAUGACACUGCCUGGGUGGCAAUGGUCCCUUCUCCAAAUUCUCCGAAGGCCCCUUUUUUUCCUCAGUGUGUAAAUUGGUUAUUAGAUAAUCAACUCUGUGAUGGUUCAUGGGGUCUUCCUAACCGUGAUCCACUAUUAGUUAAAGAUGCUCUGUUAUCUACUUUAGCUUGUAUCCUUGCACUGAAGCAAUGGAAUGUUGGUCAAGAUCAAAUGAAUAACGGCCUCUACUUUAUCGAGUCAAAUAUAGCUGCAGCUACUGAUGAUAAGCAAUUUUCCCCUAUUGGAUUUGAUAUAAUAUUUCCUGCCAUGAUCGAGUAUGCCAAAAACUUGGAUUUGAAUAUACCUCUGAAAGCAAUGAAUCUAGAUGCUUUGGUUCACAAGAGAGAGUUGGAGCUCAAAAGAUGCCAUGGAAGCAAUUCAAAAGGGAGUGAGACCUACUUAGCAUAUGUCUCAGAGGGACUGGGGAAGUCGCAGAAUUGGGAAAUGGUUAUGAAAUAUCAAAGAGAGAAUGGGUCGCUCCUUAAUUCACCAUCCACCACGGCAGCUGCUUUUACUCACCUUAAGAAUUCUGGUUUCCUUAAUUACCUGUGCUCACUUGUAGAGAAGUUUGGAAAUGCAGUUCCUACAGUUUACCCUCUAGAUAUAUAUACCCGUCUCUAUAUGGUUGACAGUCUCGAAAGGUUGGGAAUUGAUAAGCAUUUCAGGAAGGAGAUCAACAGUGUAUUGGAAGAAACAUACAGAUACUGGUUACAGGGUGCGGAAGAAAUAUUUUUAGAUGCUGCCACGUGUGCAUUGGCAUUUCGGAUGUUACGUGUUCAUGGAUAUGAUGUUUCUUCAGAUCCAUUCAGCCAACUUUCAGAAAAAGAUCAUUUCUCCAGCACCCUUGAAGGAUAUUUGAAGGACAUUGGUGCUGUCUUGGAAUUAUUUCGGGCUUCAGAAAUCAUCAUACAUCGUGAAGAAUCAGUUCUGGAGAAACAAAAUUUAUGGACAAGAAAUUUCUUGAGACGGGAAUUAUCCAAUGGUUCAAUUCACACAAGUGGACUGACCAACUAUCUUUGCCAAGAGGUGGAAGAUGCUCUUAGUUUUCCCCAUCAUUCAAAUUUGGAACGGUUAUCCACUAGACGAGCCAUUGAGCGUUACAACAAAAAUAAUACACGGGUUUUAAAAACUUCAUAUAGUUCUUUAAAUAUUGGCAACGAAGAUUUCUUAAAACUUGCAGUGGAAGACUUCAACAUAUGCCAAUCAAUACAUCGUGAAGAACUUAAACAUCUUGCAAGGUGGGUUACAGAGAACAGAUUACACAAACUAAAGUUUGCCAGGCAGAAGCUGGCCUACUGUUACUUCUCUGCUGCAGCAACCCUUUUUUCCUCUGAACUUUCUGAUGCUCGCAUAUCGUGGGCCAAAAAUGGUGUGCUUACAACAGUGGUUGAUGAUUUCUUUGACGUUGGUGGUUCAGAAGAGGAGCUGGUAAACCUUGUACAACUGGUUGAAAAGUGGGACAUAAAUGUCAGCACUGAUUGUUGUUCUGUGAAUGUUGAAAUUCUAUUUUCGGCACUUAAAAGCACAAUCUGUGAGAUUGGCGACAAAGCAUUCACACGGCAAGGACGUAGUGUGAUAAGCGACCUAAUUGAUAUUUGGUUGAAUUUGCUAAAAUCUAUGUUAAGGGAAGCUGAGUGGCUGAGAGACAAGUCAGUGCCAACUAUGGAUGACUAUAUGAAAAAUGGAUAUGUAUCAUUCGCCUUAGGGCCAAUCGUCCUCCCAACACUCUAUCUUGUUGGGCCUAAGCUUUCAGGAAAGGUUGUUCAAGAUCCAGAAAUCCGUCAUCUAUACGAGCUUAUGAGCACUUUUGGGCGUCUUCUCAAUGAUAUUCAGAGCUUCAAGAGGGAAUCUGAGGAAGGGAAAUUAAAUGCUGUAUCUUUGUGCAUAAUUCAUGGCGGUGGUAUUAUUACUGAAGAAGAGGCCAUUAAGGAGAUGAAGAGUUUUAUUGCUACUAAGAGGAGAGAACUGUUGAAACUAGUUUUGCAGGAGAAAGGCAGCCUGAUUCCAAGAGAAUGCAAGGACUUGUUCUGGAAAAUGACCAGAGUGUUGCACUUAUUUUACAUGAAGGAUGAUGGUUUUACUUCACACGAGAUGAUCAAUGCUGUAAAUGCAGUAAUUGAAGAACCCAUUGUUCUCAAAUGAGUUGUAAGUCUAUGUCAAAGUUAUUCUCAAAUGAGUUGUACGUCUAUGUCAAAAGCUGCAUCCCAUGCCAAAUUGCUGCAAAUACUUAUGAAUCGAAAUUCUACAUUAAAAAAAAUAAACAAAAUUGUUUUAAUUUAUAUCUUUUCGACAUAUUCCUUAUUGUUGUCUUA